AUGGGUGGACCAACAGCUAAGACUUAUAUGGGAUGGUGGGGCAGCAUGGGCUCGCCCAAGCAAAAAGGUGUUACCUCGUACGCGGUGUCUCCAUAUGCGCAAAAGCCCUUGAACGGGAUCUACUACAAUGCCGUGUUCAACACUUUCCGUAGGGUCAAGUCGCAGUUCUUGUACGUGGCGAUCCCAGCCGGCAUGUACUGGAUGUGGUGGGUUAACUGCAGAGACUACAACGAGUUUCUGUACACAAAGGCCGGCAGGGAAGAGCUGGAAAGAGUGAACGUUUGA